GUUGGCUGCAAAAAAGAAUAAAAAGAAAAGCAAACUCCAAUCGAUUCAAAAUUUUAAACAGAAACCGAAAUGCGCCAAAAAUCUUUUCAGAAAACCAGAAUCACAUUACAUGGAUUCUAAAUCUUACACCGGAAAUACCAAUCGUUAUUCAUUUACUCAGGUUCAAUUUAUUUUUUUCAAACCCUAGAAAUAAGAAGAAAUUGAACCCCAAAUCAGAAAACAAGAAAUUCAAUUCUCAUGGCACAAGGUAACUCCUACGAAGAAGCACGGAGAAAACGAUUAGAAGAUAAUAAGAGACGAUUUCAGGAAUUGGGUGUUUUAAAGAUAGCAAGCAGUUUAUCAGAUGUUAUCAAAGAGAAAAACAAGAUUCCGAGGAAACAUAAAGUGAGAUCAAAUCCAUAUCCAGUGAACCCUGAUUUAGUGAGAUGCUCUUCACGACCUCGAAAUCAAGUUGCUUACUACGAAGGGAAAAAUCGCAAAACAAGCUUCAUAGAAGGAGUUGCAACUGAAGCAGAACGAUCCGACACAUUGAAGCGUGCCAAUAGCUUUCAAAGUGGUUUGCUGUCUAGAAACCCAUCUUUUGUUAAAUCACUGUCUCUUUCUUAUGUGUGCCGGACCCGGAACUUUGGUCUGUAUAUACCGUCGGAAAUCUGCAACAAUCACCUUCCUAAGGAACCAAAACUGAGAAUUAUGUUAGAAGAUGGGAAUGGUUCAGUGUAUGGGACAAAUUACAAUUGGGUAACUGGGUUUAUCAAUACUGGAUGGAAAACAUUUUGUAUGGAUCAUAAGUUGGAUUUUGGUGAUGCCCUGGUAAUUGAGCUUAUUAAGCCAACAAGAUUUAAGGUACAUAUAUUUAAGGUUUCCAACGAUGUUGGUGAUGUGAAGGUUGAUGAACCGAUCAAAGCUACAGAAAGUAAAUCUUCCAAGACAGUGGAUGCUGAAAGAAUCUGCCAAAAGUUGUAACUCGAAAGAAGCUGAACACUGUGAUGCAAUUAACACUAGAUCGUUGGUUAAUCCGGAGACUAAUUUUUUGCGGAAGAACUCGGACUAACAAAAGCUAAACUGGACAGUAGAAGGGAAAUUUUGACGAAAAACUGUUGCAACACGAUCCUUUUGGUCAGUUUAAGUAUAGUACUAACGGAUAUUAUUUUUAUGUAGUAAUAUUAUGUGUACAAUGUACAAUGUUAUUCUGGAUAUUUGAAUCUGAAACUGAAAUACUCCAGUGAAGGGAGUAUAUUUGAUGUGAA